AUGGCCCAUAGGGUCUAUUGUGACCACAGCUGUUAUAUUAUGAGUGACUGUGAGGAGGAAAAAGGAGGAGGAGCCGAACCGGAGCCCGCAGCCUCCACCUCAGUCUCAGCUGAAGGCGGCGGACAUAGCUGUGAAGGAGCCACAGGCCACACUGCCGCCUCUUACUUGAAUGAUGAGGGUGUUCCGAGCCAGGAGAACAAGAGUGACUCUGGAGACAGUGAUUUGAGCAGCAACGAGCAGGAUUCUUCUUUGGAGCUGGAGCAGAAGUCAGCCCUUUUGGAGGGGGCUGCUCUUCAGAUUCCGAGUCGCCAGCCUUCUCACCUUAGCAACCGCAGCCAUCGUCAUGGCCCUCGAACCCCAUUCCACCUCGCACAGUGGCAGAUCGAGGAAAUGGAAAGUCUGUUCGAGGAAACCCAGUACCCAGAUGUGCUUACAAGGAAAGAGCUUGCACGAGCUUUGAAUGUACCUGAAGUCAAAGUGAAGGUGUGGUUUAUCAAUCGGAGAGCCAAAGAGAGGAAGAAUGAAAGACGCGCGAUGUUAAGGAAUAUGCCACCCGGUGUCAAAGACUUCAUUUUCAUGACCGAUGUGGAGGAGCUUUCUUAG